CCUUGGAUUUUGCUGAUGACCCCGGAGAGUUUUGCCUGAAGAUGGAAACACUGGAGUCGGAGCUGACCUGCCCUAUUUGUCUGGAGCUCUUUGAAGACCCUCUCCUGCUGCCCUGUGCACAUAGCCUCUGCUUCAACUGCGCCCACCGUAUCCUGGUCUCUCACUGUGCCACCAACGAGCCUGUGGAGUCCAUCAGCGCCUUCCAGUGCCCCACCUGCCGGCAUGUCAUCACGCUCAGCCAGCGAGGUCUAGACGGGCUCAAGCGCAACGUCACCCUACAAAACAUCAUUGACAGAUUUCAGAAAGCAUCUGUGAGCGGGCCCAAUUCUCCCAGUGAGACCCGCAGGGAGCGGGCCUUUGACGCCAACACCAUGUCCUCUGCCGAGAAGGUUCUCUGCCAGUUCUGUGACCAGGAUCCUGCCCAGGAUGCUGUGAAGACCUGUGUCACUUGUGAAGUGUCCUACUGCGAUGAGUGCCUAAAAGCCACUCACCCGAACAAGAAGCCCUUUACAGGCCAUCGUCUGAUUGAGCCAAUCCCGGACUCGCACAUCCGGGGGCUGAUGUGCCUGGAGCACGAGGAUGAGAAGGUGAAUAUGUACUGUGUGACCGAUGACCAGUUAAUCUGUGCCUUGUGUAAACUGGUUGGGCGGCACCGCGAUCAUCAGGUGGCAGCUUUGAGUGAGCGCUAUGACAAAUUGAAGCAAAACUUGGAGAGCAAUCUCACCAAUCUCAUUAAGAGGAAUACAGAACUGGAGACCCUUUUGGCUAAACUUAUCCAAACCUGUCAACAUGUUGAAGUCAAUGCAUCACGUCAAGAAGCCAAAUUGACAGAAGAAUGUGAUCUUCUCAUUGAGAUCAUUCAACAAAGACGACAAAUUAUUGGAACGAAGAUUAAAGAAGGAAAGGUGAUGAGGCUCCGCAAACUAGCUCAGCAGAUUGCAAACUGUAAACAGUGCAUUGAAAGGUCGGCAUCACUCAUUUCCCAAGCAGAACACUCUCUGAAGGAGAAUGACCAUGCCCGCUUUCUACAGACAGCAAAGAAUAUCACUGAGAGAGUUUCCAUGGCAACUGCAUCCUCCCAGGUCCUAAUUCCUGAAAUCAACCUCAAUGACACAUUUGACACUUUUGCCUUAGAUUUUUCUCGGGAGAAGAAACUGCUAGAAUGUCUGGAUUACCUUACAGCUCCCAACCCUCCCACAAUUAGAGAAGAGCUCUGCACGGCUUCCUAUGACACCAUCACUGUUCACUGGACUUCGGAUGAUGAGUUCAGUGUGGUCUCCUAUGAACUCCAGUACACCAUAUUCACUGGACAAGCCAAUGUUGUUAGUCUGUGUAACUCAGCUGAUAGCUGGAUGAUUGUGCCCAACAUCAAGCAGAACCACUACACUGUGCAUGGCCUACAAAGUGGCACCAAGUAUAUCUUCAUGGUCAAGGCCAUCAACCAGGCAGGCAGCCGCAGUAGUGAGCCUGGGAAGUUGAAGACAAACAGUCAGCCAUUUAAACUGGAUCCCAAAUCUGCUCACCGAAAACUGAAGGUGUCCCAUGAUAACCUGACUGUAGAACGAGAUGAGUCAUCAUCCAAAAAGAGUCACACACCAGAACGCUUCACUAGCCAAGGGAGCUAUGGAGUGGCUGGAAACGUGUUCAUUGAUAGUGGCCGGCAUUACUGGGAAGUGGUCAUAAGCGGAAGCACAUGGUACGCCAUUGGCCUUGCAUACAAAUCGGCCCCCAAACAUGAAUGGAUUGGGAAGAAUUCUGCUUCCUGGGCCCUCUGCCGUUGCAACAAUAACUGGGUGGUUAGGCAUAACAGCAAGGAAAUCCCCAUUGAGCCAGCCCCCCACCUCCGGCGCGUAGGCAUCCUGCUGGACUAUGAUAAUGGUUCCAUCGCUUUUUAUGAUGCUUUGAACUCCAUCCACCUCUACACCUUUGAUGUGGCGCUUUCACAGCCUGUGUGCCCCACCUUUACUGUGUGGAACAAGUGUUUGACAAUUAUAACGGGCCUUCCCAUCCCAGACCAUUUGGACUGUACAGAACAGCUGCCUUGAGUAUCCAGCCCCAGAGCAGCUCUGAGGAAUAACAAAGGUUGAGGCCACUGUUUAGGGGAUUGGGAAACUAAGGCUUCAAGAGUGUGAUUGAAUCUCCCCAGCUUGUCCAGAAAACCAGCUCAGAUAGGGCUCCAGAUGAGAGAUUUCCUUCCUUUUAUUGUGUUUUGUAUUAAGUUCAGGCUUUAAUAAUUUCUUUGAUUUUUUUUGUAUUUAGAGGAAAAUCUAUAGAUUAU